AUGUCCGAGCAACGUAAGCAGGUUUGUGAGCCAGGAUCACCUUUCAGAGAAGCCAUGUUGAACUGAGCUGAUGUGACGGCUCUCUUAUAUUCUGGCAUCUGGGUCAUUGCUUUUACAUGCUAAAACAGGAAUUCCUCAAUACCGAUUCCUAUGAGUAAGUCCCAGUAGCCCAGUUCGUUUGCGUGGUGGUGGUGGUGUUGGUGGUGGUGUUGGUGGUGGUGUUGGUGGUGGUGUUGGGGGUGGUGGUAGUAGUGGUGGUGGUGGUGGUUGUAUGGGUCGUGUGUGGCACAUGUAGACGAACUGUUUCAGCACUGUUCAGCAUGCCUGCCCCAUAUCCACAUCAAAUGCCUUAUCGGUCCAGAGUGUUGUCUGAUGUCCGGAAGAGUAAAUGAAGAGUGAAUUCCAAUGUGGUGAUUCUGACAUCACGGCACUCACUGCAUAUUCCAGACUUUAAAGCAAGCUAGCUACCGUGAUAGGACAAGUCGGUCCUCCGAUCAGGACGAAGAGACAGUCAGCAACUCACUGGAUAAUCACAUUCCGCCUAUUGGCCAAUGAAACUGAGGUGGCCACUGCAGAAUCCAAUGACUUUAUUAGUCCCCUUCAGCAUCACUGCUGCUCACUAUACGGCUGAUUAAGAGAACGUGUCGAAGGCUAUGCCCACGUACGGACACAUUCAUCAGUUACCUCACCCUCUAAGACUGGUAGCCCGUUAGCCUAGCUGAUGGCUACCCGGCGUGUCAACAGUUGGCGGAUAGUUGAACCGCCCUCAGUGAAGAUUAGCUGCGAAAUAAACAGACCCGAGUCUGACGAAUAAGCAGCCGAGGCCCCAAUCCCGGUCUUUUCCUACAGGCCGUCAACACAUCGACGAUUAUCACAUUUGACACCUGCUCCCACUCUCUGGACAUCGGUCUCUGGCGUCUCUUCCCUUGGAUGUUCGUCCUUGCUGACAUCCCAUGUGACUUUCUCGUGGCAGAUUUCUUCGCCGCUUUCGAUCUUCUGGUCGACUGCCGUCAGUCAAGUCUUCACGACCAGGCUACCAACCUCACUGACCGGGGUAUCUCUUCCUCCGACGCUUCCUGUCAACUCGCCCUCCCGGGCUCUGACCCCGAGAAUCCAUUUCGGCAACUACUCGCCAAAUACCCCGCCCUCACUCUUCCCAACUUCAACGCUUCUAUUCCACCACACGACGUUGUUCACCAUAUCCGGACCAUUGAUCCUCCCGUGUUUUCUCGCCCCCAGCCGUCUCGCGCCUGCACGUCUUGCUUCCGCCAAGUCCGAGUUCGAGCACAUGCUUCAAAUGGGCAUCAUUCGUCAGUCUGAAAGCCCAUGGGCCUCACCCCUCCAAUUGGUUCCAAAAACUGCAACUGGUGACUGGCGCCCAUGCGGUGAUUACAGGGCCCUGAACAACGUUACUGUCCCGGACCGCUAACCUGUCCCACAUCUUCAGGAUUUUGCCGGUGUCCUAUUCGGCAGGUCUGUAUUCUCGAAGAUCCAUCUGGUCCGUGCUUUCCACCAAAUUCCCAUAGCCCCAGAGGACGUUUCGAAGAAGGCCGUUACCACCACCUUUGGCUUCUUUCAGUUCCUGCGCAUGCCGUUUAGACUUCGUAACUCCUCUAAGACCUUCCAAAGGUUCGUAGACAGAGUGCUUUACGGCCUACCAUUUGUCUACGCCUAUAUCGAUGACCUGCUGGUAGUCAACUCCACCACCGAAGAACACCUGGAACAUCUGGCAACGGUGUUUGACCGCCUUCAACAAUUUGGCGUUGUUCUCAACCCGUCCAAAUGCGUCUUAGGUGUGCCCUCCCUAGAAGUUCUCGGUCAUCUGGUCGACUCCCAGGGCAUACGGCCUCUUCCCUCAAAGGUUGCCGCCAUUCGGGACUUUGCACUCUCUACCUCGAAGCGUCAGUUGCAACGGUUGUUUGGUAUGGUGAACUGUUAUCGCCGGUUUCUCGCGAAAUGUGCCGAUAACAUCCUACAUCUGACAAGUCUCCUCUCAGGUUCCAAGCGAAACCUUGAACUUACACCAGCAGCACUCACGCCAUUUGGGCAGGUAAAAGCCCUUCUGGCUGAUGACACCCUCCUGACUCACUUUCUCUGA